GGGGCGGGCGGGCUGGGCGCCGCCCCGAAGACGGCGAGUGCGGCGGCCCGCCCGGGGGCUGCGGGCGCCCCUGCAGCAGUCUUCGACAAGGGUGUGGCGAUGACCCGUGCCGAGGUCCAGAUGGAGAUCCGCCGUCUGAUGGCUGCCCAGACGACCCAGGAGGUGGCUGCUCUGCUCAAUGCCCCCACAGACCUGCGCGGCUCCCGCGCCGAAGUGCCGCAGGUCUUCGCCGACGGGGCGGCGCGCGGGGCGGCCUCCCAG